AUGCCACCUCGCGCAGCAAAGCGUCCACGAGUGGCGGACGAAGUCGUGGAGCCCUCCGCCCAGGAUGGUUCAGACCUCGACGAGCACCAGCUCUUCACGCAAUGGGCCAAAGCAGGAGGCGUAGAAAUCCACGGUGUCGCACCCAAACGCAUCGAAGGUCGCGGUAUAGGUCUUGUCACUACUAUGCGCCACAAAGCAGGCGAUCGUCUCCUCUUCAUUCCGGAGCGAGCAAUGUUCAAACCAGACGCAAAACUCCUAGAGCGGGAGAAGCUCCAAUCCGCUUCGCCUCAAGCUCAGCUCGCCUUCAGCGCCAUGUUUGCCUGCAAGCCGCCUGAAGGAAAUACCGGCUGGGAGACGAAGCCCUGGACUGAUGUAUGGCCCACCGUAGGGGACUUCACUGCCAGCAUGCCCAUAUAUUGGCGUAAAGAAGACUGCGAGUUCCUCCCGCCUACUGCCCGUCCACAUCUCAAGCGCCAGGAGUCGGACUAUGACAGAGACUGGGACUCUGUCGAAGACAGCUGUACAGCGCUGGGUUACGAUGAAAAGGCUUUUAAGUACUACUGGACCAUCGUCAACAGCCGCAGCUUCCACUGGAAGCCGCCUCGCGGCAAGGGUGUCAUGGUCAUGUGCCCGUUCGUCGAUUACUUGAACCACGGACCCACUGGAUCAAGCUGUAAAGUUGUGCUUACUGCGAAGGGUUAUGAAGUCCUUGCAGACAGGAAAUAUAAACCCGGCGAAGAGGUCCUCGCAACCUACGGCGCUCACUCGAACGACAAGCUCCUCGUCCACUACGGCUUUAUACAUUGGCCAUCCGACGAGACAACACCAAGUCCAGACGACUCCAUCAGCCUGGACGACGCCAUCAUGCCCAAAUUCUCCACCGACACCCGGGAGCAACUUGAGCACGUCGGCUACUGCGGCGGCUACAUGCUCACCCCAACGACGAACGAGAUAUGCUUCCGCACCGAAGUCGCCGUGCGCGCCACGCUGCUGACGGCCAAUGAGUGGGAGUACUUCCUCGGGAGCGGCGAAGAUCUGGCCGAGGACCAGUCCGCUCGGGUGCACGACUGGGUUAUGGAACAUCUGAAGGAGUGGAGGGCAACCUGUCUGGGGAAGAUGUCCGAGCUCGAAAAGCGUCCUGGGACUCCGAAGCCGGUGUUGGAGGUCACCUGCAGGCGGUGGGCGCAGAUAUCGGAGGCCGUUGACCGAUUCGUGGCACAGUGA